UCUGACUGGCUGGCGGCCCAGCAAAGUCCUUAUCAAAUUCUUGGAGGUGAUCCUGGUGCAGUCAGACAGUCCGCGCAGAGGCAGCGCGGGGGGGUGGGCCGGACGCAGAAAAAAGAGAUCAGAGAGAAGGAGAGAGAAGGAAGCUGGGCAGCUCCUCGUCUUCCCCUUGGCGUCUCCAUGCCUCGGCACUGCCCCGGUGUCCUCCCCUCGCUCCGGGAGCAGUAACCAUGGCCGCAGUGGCCGUCCUCCGGAACGACUCCCUUCAGGCUUUCCUCCAGGAUCGCACCCCCAGCGCCUCUCCAGACUUGGCAAAGCACUCGCCCCUGGCGCUCUUGGCCGCCACCUGUAGCCGGAUCGGACAGCCGGGCACCGCCCCUUCGGAUUUCCUGCAGGUCUCCUACGACCCAGCUCUGGGAUCCCCAUCCAGGAUCUUCCACCCGUGGAGUAGCGAGAUGCCAGCCCAUUCCCCCGGGGGGCUCCCCCCUCCGCAUCCCAGCCUGGGGCUCACCCCCCAGAAGAGCCACCUGCAGCCUUCCUUCGGGGGCGCUCACGAGCUGCCCCUCACCCCCCCGGCUGACCCUUCCUACCCCUAUGAGUUCUCCCCAGUCAAGAUGCUCCCCUCCUCCAUGGCCACCUUACCCUCCAGCUGCCCCCCGGCCUACGUCCCCUACGCCGCCCAGGCCGCCCUGCCUCCCGGCUACUCCAACCUGCUGCCCCCGCCGCAGCCCUGCAGGCAGCUCUCCCCCACCCCGGCCCCUGAGGACAUCCCCUGGUGGAGUCUCCAGCAGGCGGGGGCGCCGGGCGGCUGCAGCCACCGCUUCCCUGCCGCCGCCCUGCCCAGGAGCCUGGUGCUGGGCCCCUCGGACCUGGCCCAGUACCAGACGCAGAUCGCCGCCCUGCUGCAGACCAAGUCACCCCUGGCGGCCACGGCCCGGCGGUGCCGCCGCUGCCGCUGCCCCAACUGCCAGGCUGCGGCGGGCAGCGCCCCGGAGGCGGAGCCGGGCCGGAAGAAGCAGCACAUCUGCCACAUCCCGGGCUGCGGCAAGGUCUACGGCAAGACCUCGCACCUGAAGGCGCAUCUGCGCUGGCACACGGGCGAGCGGCCCUUCGUCUGCAACUGGCUCUUAUGCGGGAAGAGCUUCACGCGCUCGGACGAGCUGCAGCGGCACCUGCGGACUCACACGGGCGAGAAGCGCUUCGCCUGCCCCGUGUGCAACAAGCGCUUCAUGCGCAGCGACCACCUGGCCAAGCACGUGAAGACCCACCAGAACAAGAAGCUCAAAGCCGCGGGCGACGGCGUGAAGCGGGAGGACACGCGGGGCCUGUGACCCGGGUCCGCCGCCCGGCCCGGCCGGAGAGAUUCGGGACCACUGCCCGGCCUGAGGGGCCCCCGCGCCCGGAGCCCUGGCCCGGGAGACUGGAGGACCUGCGAUGCGGGCCCCGCAGCCCUGGGAGGGGCAGGAGCUGAGCCCUGGUCCGGGAGAGCGCUGGGCUUUGCUGCCUUCUCCCGCAGGGGGUCUCUAGCCCUGGGAGGGCGCCCGAGGACCUGCUCCCGGCCCGGGAGGGUCCAAGCUCUGCGCUCCGGUGGGGCUCUAGGAAUUGGAGUCCUGCCCUGGAGGCUUAUGGGGGCCCCCGGCGGCACUGCCCUGUAUAUGUCCCAUUGUCCUAAGAAGCCCUUGGACAAGUCCCCUUCUCUGGGCCCAGGGCAAAGAUGCGGGAAAUACGUGGCUUCUUUCCGCCUUGCUACUAGCAUCGGGAUCUUUCUGGUUGUUGCUCAGUAGGAGUGAAGUGCCAGCUGUUUCCAGCGCUCUGUCUCGCUCCCUUCCAAGGGGAGCUCUGGACGCAGGCUGGGCCACAGGAUCACUCCCCCACUUUGGAAACGGGGUUACUUACAACGGUCUGCUCUAAGCCAGUAAACAAGAGCAGCAGCUUUAGUCUGGGGACCUGGCUCUUGGGUCCUCGUUUCUUUCAGGGGAAGAGACUGAACUUUUGUGUACAGGUUAUUUAAUAGCGUUGUUUGAAUAAAAGUGUUUUUCUUGUCCUUGGCUCCACGCGGGGGCUCCAGCAUGAGAUGUUUCUGUAAAGCGACCUGCAAUUGCAGCGUGAAAAUAAAUACAUUAACACCGGGGUCACAUUGGGAAGAUCCCACUGAGUCGGUUUCAUUUGAUCUUUUCUUCCUUCUGAAGGCUUUACAAAACGCCGCAGUUUGAAGAACUAUUUUAUCGUUUAUUUGGUCUGAACAAAUGCACCGGCCACAUUUAUUUGGUAAACACCCAACUGUUGCAAUAGCUUAAGCCACAAUCUGUUCCCGACAUUUCAUGCUCCCAGAUAUCUUUGCCAAGAUAAGACAAAAUUUUCAUAGUAUUCCAUGGUAUUCUACAGUAAUAGAAGAAAGACUAACUUCCGCUGAGUGCACUUUACCUAUAAUACGGUCCAAACGUUUAACACUAAACUUUAACAACAGAGUACGAAUUCACAUUGAUUUAGGAAUACCGAUUGAGAACUUUGUGAAUGAUCUAAAACUGGGGUCCUUUGGGCUGAUGCUGCCUUCACUCCUUCUGGUAUAGCCAAGCCAUAUGCAUAAAGGGGAAACAAAAGAUGAAAAAGAAUUAAAUCUUCACAGAGCUCAUGUACAAACUAUAUUCUGAAUCCGAGUACAGCUGGGAAUAGUCACAGUUAAUAUACCCUUCUUAUAUGAAAAGAAAUGCAUGACAGCAUGAUAUUGUCGUCAGCUUUAACUAGCCAUUUCCUGCCUUUUGUUGGGCUAUGUCACAGCACGAUUAAAAAUACUUUUGAUAUUUUAAUUUUCUUUUUGUUUAACCAUUGCACUAUUUUGGGGGUAGGGUAUUUACAAUGCUCCCUCUCCUAUCCAAGAGGCCAAAAUGAUUGUCAAGUAACUUGAGUAAGUCAAGAUCUAAGGAUUUUUUUACACAGUUAUACAUUUGAAAAAUAGUAUUUACCAAUAAACUAAUACAGUUCCC